GUGACACUGACGCUGCUGGUCUAGAGACCACACUUGGAGAACCACUGUGCUAGUGCCACAAGGAAGAGAGUCCUCCUGGAGCUGAAGCAGGCAGUGUGAAGAUCCAUGUGGAGCUCCUUAACCCACAGCUUUUCUGACCAUCCAGUUGGCAAAGACCUGCAGGCCAUGAGGACUGGUCAAAGACAGUGAGAGGACGUGAAAGGGUAAAUCCCUGAGCCCCGCAGUCUUAUUUCCUGCCCUGACGUCCCUGCAAACCAGCCUAAGGGUUAACUGUAAGCGGAUGCCUGUAUGGCUGCCUUACUGAUGCCACGCAGGAACAAAGGGAUGAGGACUCGACUGGGAUGCCUGUCUCACAAGUCAGACUCCUGUAGCGAUUUCACAGCUAUUCUUCCUGACAAACCCAACCGCGCUCUCAAGAGACUAUCCACAGAAGAAGCUACUCGAUGGGCAGAUUCCUUCGAUGUGCUUCUCUCCCAUAAGUAUGGGGUGGCCGCCUUCCGCGCCUUCCUGAAGACAGAGUUCAGCGAGGAGAAUCUGGAGUUCUGGCUGGCCUGUGAGGAGUUCAAGAAGACCAGGUCAACUGCAAAGCUGGUCUCCAAGGCCCAUAGGAUCUUUGAGGAGUUUGUGGAUGUGCAGGCUCCGCGGGAGGUAAACAUUGACUUCCAGACCCGAGAAGCCACGAGGAAGAACCUGCAGGAGCCAUCCCCGACUUGCUUUGACCAAGCUCAGGGAAAAGUACACAGCCUCAUGGAGAAAGACUCUUACCCCAGGUUCCUGAGGUCCAAAAUGUACUUAGAUUUGCUGUCCCAAAGCCAGAGGAGGCUCAGUUAGACCUCAGAUGGGGACUCUUGGAAAUCACCGGCUUUCCCCUCCCCUUGCUGCCAAGACCAUAUUCUAAUGUGAAAUGUCAUAAGUGUUCAAUAGUGGUGGCAUUUGGGGUGGUGGGCUGGGGGUGAGGAGGGAAUGAAGGGUCAUUCCAGGGUAUUGGCCCAGCUGCCGGAUCUCAGACUCUACUGCAUUUACCUGUGUUUGUGUUUCGGUUACUUGUAGCACCUUGCCACUGUCACCCUUCUCUGGAUCAGCAACUCACCCUUCAUAAUGCCUUAGUUCACUGUGCUGAGAAGGCAGAUUCGCUGUGCUAGGCUAAUCUGUAAAUAAUGCAAAUGCAAUUUCCACCACCUCCGUACCCCUCAUAGUUAGGGUUCCUGAUUCUCCACUUGUCCUAUACCCCUGGAAAGAAUAACUGGAAGACCUGGGCUCACAUCUGUGAUGUGCUGUCACAAUGCAGUGGCCAGCCCCAGUGCUGGGACCUCACAGCUUAGGAGAGAGGUCUUUGUGGAAUCCCAGGUGACCUCUGGGAGAAGGGGCGAACUCCAUGGAGUUGGUUGUUUCUUCCAUUUCCAUUGAACCAUUGUGAAAAGCUGUGGUCACUGCCCAUCUUAGCCUAGGCCUACUCUUGCAUUUCCAGAAAGGGUCUUGGGAGAUGUUCUUCAUGACUUCUGAAGUGGAGCUGCCAUGAAGAAAGAUACAGUUUGCAGAUCUUUCUCAAUCUUACCAAGGACUUUUCCAGAAGUCGAAUGGCCAGGGAAUGUAGCACCAGUUGACUGUUGUGCGAUGGGUCAUCAUAUAACCUGUUUGUUGCUUCAUGUAUGCUCUGCCCUUGCCUCCCUGUGACACUGCACAUCACUGAUCUCUUAGGAUGACAGACAGCUUGGCAAAGGGAGGUGAAUUCCCAUAGCACAAACAGCUCUCACGGUGCCUAAUACUUUCCCUAUCUCUCCACCUCCCCCUUCCAUGCAGGUCAUGUAAUUAUGAUGGGGGAGAAUGGGAACUGAGGCUGACACUCUUUUUCCAGCUUGCUUCCUGGGAACAUGCUUUCUCAGAAAGGUUCAUCUCCUGGCUAUCAAGAAGCAGCUUUCUUCUGGAUCUCUGACCUUUUGGGACUGAACAUGAAAUAGGAGGUGUGGCUAAGAAGAUCACUGUGAACAUCUGGCUGUGUGUAGAACCUUCCUAAAAUGCUUUCAUGGUACCUUGGAGCUAUUCUUGAAAAUGUGUCAGGAAACUCUUCCUUGGAGGGUGAGUGAGCAGCAUGGAACCUACUCUACCUACCCAGGAAAAAGCUGACUUUGGAACAAAAAGCAGUGCCCAGGAGAUGAAUCCUCAGCAGAGAGACCAGAAAGUGGAAGAGGAGCCUGGAAGAGGCCAGUCUCCAGGUGGACUGACUCACAGAGAAUGUGGUGGAGAUAAUAUUGGGAUAGUUCACCACCAAUAAAUUUGGAUUCAUUGCAGAGCUGCAGAACUUUCAGCUUGACAAAAUGAAACAGCACAUGAUUAGACAUGAGCUCCAGAGUGCAGGUGAUGGAGAAUUGGGCUGAAGCAUUCUCCUAUUGUGUAGUGAUGAGCCUUUUUAGGUUAUGCUGAUAUUCCAGUGUUUGUAUUCCUGUCCAGCAUCAUUGAGAAUCUCUUCCUUCCUUGGCAACAGGUGGGCAAGGCCAAGAAGGCCACUGAGUCCCACUAGUGUUAGGGCACUGCCCUGCCAUGGUGGCACAUUGUUAUCUGUGAGUGAGGGCGGGAGUGACUGUGUGAACCCCAGGGAGAGAGAAGAACACUUGCCUCCUAGCCUUCAUGCUGAAGGGACCUGUGGAAUUUCAUGUUCCAGAACUCCCAAUCCUCACGUGGGUCUUCCUAGUUAGAUCAGGUAGUAUCCCCACCCCCCUCAAUCCUGGUAAAAAACCAUUCUUAGCUAAAGCUGCCAGAAUUAAUUUAAUAACUAAAUUCUCUAACAGGGUAUUUUAAACAUUGUUUACAUAUGAAAUGUGCAUCUGCUGCCAACUGUACUGUCAAAUUUGAGGUGCAUACAAAUUGGAACUGCACAGUUAUGGAAAUGUGAAAUGUUCUGAGAGGGGCCUUUUCACCACUUCCACUAUCCCAAGGGGAAAAGUCUCGACAGGAGUCUCGUGUGGUGGUCUCAUUUGGGGCCUAGACUUGUUGCCAACUAUUGGUGGAAUGAAGGCUUGCAGAUGGUGGUGUCAUGGUGCCCUGGUGGCUUCCUCCCACAGUGGGGAGGUGUGAAGGACCAAGCUUGGGUAUCCUGAGUUUUGCAGCUAAGCAAAGGGAUGUGGGCGUGUGUGCAUGUGUAGAGGAACACGAUAGCUAUAUUUGUGGCACUCCUGUGGAGUGUCUCUGUGUUCGCGUGCAUGUGAAAAUUGUGAGCAUUAGACUAGUACACCGCAGACAUGGUCUUCCCAUGGUGGGGAGCUUUCCUCACACCCUGCCUACCCUGCUUCCCAUGAAAGGCACAGAGCCCUCUGCUCUGAUGCCGACGUUAGGCACAUUGGUCAUGCCAACCCAGAUUUUGAUCUGUGAUGAAACAAAGAGAAAUGUUUACAACAUCUAGAGCAAUAUCCAAGCAUACCUCAUCCCUGAGCUUCCAUGUCUCCCAGCCCCGCCCUGUCUCCUCUUUGCUCUUCCCCAAGCCCUGACGCACCUUGUGGCAUUGGCAGGUGACACUUCCACUUACCGUCUUCCCUUUGCUCCUCACACCAGGCUUGUGCAGUGGGCUGCCUUCUGGACUCAAGGCUUGCUCUGGUCCUGGGGUGUGUGUAGGCUCAAGGCAAGUCCAGACAGUAAGCUGGGCAGAGCUGUGACGUUUAGAACUGCUGUUUAGAACGUUUCCAUCCCUGAGUGGUCUUUAGCCCCACUGGAGUACUAACCUGUUCUGGGGCGGGUGUGAGAUUUUCCGUUGUCUUUGGUGAAGUAAAGAGAGCACAGUCCAUGUCAACCAGUCACAGCCUUGGGCACCUCUGGACUGGGGAAGGAGCCUCUGAGGCACUCUGCAUUUCUUAAUAGACUGGAGCAUGCACAGGGGUCACCUGGAAAGACUGUUACAAGUGCUAAUUCCUAGGUUCCAUUCCCAGAGAUGCUGAUCUGACAGAACUGGGAUGGGACCCAGAAAUCUGCAUUUUUAAUAAGCUCCUGGGUGUGUAGUAGACUGUGGACGUUGUGGCUUGCAACGUUGGCUGCUCAUUAGAAUCACGUGCGGAGCUUUAAAAACUCGCAUGUCGCAGGUCCCACCCCAGAACAGCUAAAUCAGAAGCUCUUUGGUAGGGACCCAGGCGUCAGUAGCUCUUAAAGCUCUACAGGUGACUCCAGUGUGCAGAUGGGGUUAGGAAGCACUGGCCUGAGGAGUGAGAAGGAACACGGCUGAGGUAAAGUACAGCUGUGAGGGUCCAGGGACAAGAGCGUGCCCAGACACAGACAAGCACAGUGACCAGGAAACCCGCCAGCCAGCUGCCCUCUGUGCCCUCUCAGCCUGACGUGCUCCUUGGACAUAAGACUGCUUUGGCCCAAGUUAUGUGCACUGUUUGGCAGCAGGUAUGCCAAAGGUGGGGAGCGAAGGCUACUUGAUCAAGAGAUCCAAGCUCUGUUGUGUGUCUGAGUCCUGUCGCAGGCUUCCUCCAAGCUUGCUCUGGGGGCUGUCUCCCAUUUGUUUUCAUGCGCUCCUUUGUUUGGCCAUCUGUGUUGGGCUGUGCCCUGUACCCAAGGCCAUGCAACAUGGUAGCCAGAGCUCAGGUAGUGGGUAAGAGUGUCAUGCUAGUGGUAAUAGUAGUAGCAUAGUGACCUCCACCUUUCUCUCUGGAAGGUGUCACAUCCUGGGGAUAUCAAGAUCUGUGAGGCUUUGUAAGGCCACAGUAGGGUUUUGAUCUUUGUUCCAACCCCUUCCUAUGCCCUCUUUGGUCCUAGGCUGGAGGGGCAGCUGGGGAGUACCUAGCUGAUUUUGCUCUCUGGUGCUCUCCCCAGAACUUGCUGCUGUGAAUAAACCAAAGCUGUGAAGUAGCGUCUGUCCGGGCUGCAGGCCCUGCCUCUGGAGGCACGCCCUGGGCACUUCUCCUCGGUAGGGUGUGUCCUGGUGCCCCAGGCCCUUUGUGCUAUGAACCUAGUGUGUGAAGAGCUGGAGGAGGUUGGGAAUGGGGAAGACUGGAGAGGAAGGAGCAGGGCAGGACAGACAAGCUGCCGAUGUGGUGUCUGCUUCUCCAUGUGUCAGAGGGAAAGGCGGCACGUAGCCCAUUCAGAGGCAGGAUGGUCUCCCAUCCACGAGAGUGCCCAGGACUCUCCUGACCCUGUCUGUGCUCUCCUGCAAGCAGGGCAGAGGCAUGACAGUUUUCCAUCCUAGGCCAUCUUUCAAUCUGCCGAGUGCCAGCUUUCUUUAAGUCUGUAUCCCUUCACGUUAGAGGCAAGAGAGGUGGCAAAGUCACUCCUGGCAUUGAGAGCCAGUGCCACCGUGCCACUUGGCAUGAGACUGUGGAGGAAGAAGCCAAGAGCUGAGGUGUCCUCCUGUCCCUGUGGCCUCUCUGGACUCCACAAAAUGCUGUGGACUGAAAGGGGAGACUUCAGGAUGGGGCCACUGGCUUUCCCAGGUUUGGGAUCUGGGUCCUCUCAAUAAAUCGUUCCUUUCUUGAUCCUUACUCCCUUUCGAUCCUUCUGCUCCCUGCCCUCUGCCGGGUGCGGAGAAGGUGGCCAGGCUCGGUCUGCACCCCAGCCACAGGGGCAUCAGCCGAGUCACGCAGUGAGCACAAGAGAUCUGUAGCAGCUCAUCUGCCGCAUAAGCCACUCGGCCAAUGGAGUCCUCAUUCAGUUGUUUCAUGACCGUGUCAAGUGGAGUAAUGUCAUUCACCUUUACUAUACACAAGGCUGUGAGAACAUAAUAAACAGAACCUGAACAAGCUG